UAAACGUAAUGUCACCUUUACUGUCACUUAUUACGUUUUACUGCUGUCUUGUCAAAUCAAUCGAAGGAAGAGAGGCGGUCGUGAGUUGUUGGCAAUAGUUAAAUCUACCAAAAUUCCGUAAUCUUAAAAUACCAAAUCUUCAAAAUGAGUAUCAGACUGCAAGAGUACAAAGACGCGAUUGAGAAAAACCUCAAGGAUAGAAGCAAACCAUGGACCAAAUACUUCGACAUAGCCGAGUCAAAAACCGGCGUGAGCAGGGUAUAUCUAUUCGUAGGAAUCGUCGCGUUCACCGGUUUAUAUUUAGUAUUUGGGAUUGGAGCUGAGUUGAUAUGUAAUUCGAUUGGCUUCGUGUAUCCUGCGUACAUGUCUAUGAGGGCUUUAGAGUCGCCUCAAAAGGACGAUGAUACUAAGUGGCUGACAUAUUGGGUGGUAUACGCCUGCUUUUCGAUUCUCGAAUACUUUUCGGACUUCAUCGUGGGCUGGUUCCCACUUUACUGGCUUAUAAAGUGCAUCUUCAUAAUCUGGUGCUACCUGCCCACUGACUUCAACGGCUCCUUGAUCAUCUACCACCGCAUCCUCCGCCCUUAUUACCAGAAGCACCACAAUAAGAUUGAUGACCUGGCCAACUCUGAUACUUUGAAAAAGAUAAUAAAGGACACCAACAAACAUAUGGAUAAAACUCUAAAAGCUUUCAGCAAAAAACUUGAGGAGUUUCACAAAGAUUAGAUUUUUUACUACUUAGGUUGUGGUUGGGGAGAGUAUGCAAAUCGCUUUGUAUCUGAAGUCGUUGGGAAGAACAAAUAAAACUUUUUUUUUAUAACAUCUGCAAGCAAAAGUACAAAUCUUCUUUACACUUUCCUUUUGUAAGAGCUUUUGUGUCACUAUAUUUGACUGCUUGUAUGUGUAACCUUUGAUGAUAUUUCAUGUUUAAGAUUUUUCCAAGAUUUUUUAAAUUUUUUCAAGUGAUUUACUCAAGCAAAAAGUCCUUGCUUAAAUGAAAUGGAGUCUUUUCAGUUUGAUUUUUAAAAUUUAAUGUAUUUUACAAAGUUUUAUAAGAUGAAAAGACAACCUUUAAAAUGGUAAACACCUCUGGUAGUAUUAAUUUUGACAUGGCAACUUUAAAAUUAUAGGAGGUUAUGUAUUAUGACUUUUGUAGUUUAAAUUUCUUAGUAUUUUUCUUCUAUUAUGUUUAAAGAUCUUAAAAUUGUGUUUAGAUUUAUUAAGUGGCUAUCGUGGGUUAAGUUAUAUUCCACAUUAUAAUUUUAUUUUGUUUUAGUACAAUUUCUUUGCACUGUUUUUCUUUUCUCAAAUAGUUUUGCUCAAGGGAUGUUUAUAUUUCUCUGUUGGUUUUGAUUUUUUUGUUACAUUGAAAAGACAUUGUUGUGUAUCUUUAUUACAUUUGAAGGCAGAUUUGUUUCCCGCCAAAAUUGAGCUUUGAGUGUUGCUACACCUAGAAAUUUAAGUAAUGCAUUUAAUUUGGAAAUAGACAUUGACAUCUGUCAAAUGUUGAAGUUCAUAGAUUAUGAAAUCGGGACGUUUUGUGUGACGAAAAUCAUGUGACGUAUUGUCUAUGCUUUAAUGUAAACUUUAGUGUGCCUUUGGCAAUAUUAGCUGCCAGCGUUUUGUAUUCACUCAAAGAAUUGUAUUUGUCAUUUUCUUUUUCACAGAAUAAAGAGCAAUUCAUUGUGUA